AUGGCAGGGGCUAUCAUUUGGAUCGCGGGGCCGCAGGCGGUGUGGCAGGUCACACAGUCCUACUUCCCGCGCCGCCAUGCAGCUGCAGCGUGCCUCGGGCUGGUCUGCCCCCCGGCAGCUCCUUGCCUGCAGCCUGUGGCGUGCCCGCCGUGCCCGGCGUGUUGCGCCAGCCGAUAUCCCGCCGCGCCAGAGGCGGAAGUCUGCAGCGUGCUGAGCCCCAGUUGGGUGGUCCUCUUCUUGCUCGGCUUGCUCGUCGGCGCUGGGCUCAUUGGCGGCGGCGUGGCGCUCGGGACUCUGGCUGGGAGGCUGGCGAGAGGCAGCUCGGAGCAGGGCGGCGAUGAUGUCGGACAUGGGAGAGACAAUGUGUGGCCAGCACGGAGGAGCUGCUGCCGCCCUGGCUGCGGCGCCCACGACGCGCAGGCCGGGCCGCGGCAGCGGCAGCCGUCCAGGCGGGUAGGCGGCCGCCCCGGCGACGCCGUCCGCCAUGGCGCCCACGAGCCUUGCGAGCCUGCCGUUGCGGCCAGAACUUGGCGGCCCCGCUCGGGUCACCGAAGAUCACGCGCGGGCCUUGGAACAAUUUCGCGAACGCUUCUGCCACAUGAAUGA